UGGUGUCCCGGAACUAAAACGUGCGAGGAAUCCACUACAACAUGCAAUACUCGCAUUAACCUAGAGCUAAAUUGCCCACGCUUACCGAAUCCGGCUUACGCCUACAAUGAGACUUUCGCCCGUUACUACAUCACACCAAUCGUGGCUGGAGUUCAUGCAUUGAGCCCAGCUAUAUGCUUGAAAAAUCAAAUACCUCAUGCUUCGUAUUAUCAAGAUAUCCAUACCCAAUGCGGUGACGAUCAACCAAACGUACGUUGUCACGCCUACACAGCGUGGGAUCCAGUCGAGAAGGCAGUGAUCAUAAGCUUUGAGGGCACAAGCUCUGGUGUACAGUUGGCCGACGAGUUUGAAAGUUUUCUUAAGCAAGCGUUUCAUAUGACUUAUGAUUCAACAGAUUUUAGGCAUAAAGUGCAAUUUUUUGACAAUGGAUACCUCUUCAAAUAUUUCAACGACGCGUUUAUGGACUUGUGGAAUGCAGGGCUAGAGCAGCAAGUUCGCACAUUGAAGUACCAAUAUCCAGACUACAAAGCUUAUGUCACUGGUCAUUCCUUGGGAGCAUCGAUGGCAAGCGUAUGUGCUGCAUAUCUUGUCAAAUGGAAUAUGUGGGCACCAGAGAAUGUUAGGCUGGUCACAUUCGGUCAACCUAGAACUGGCGACUACGAUUUUGCCACUUGGCAUGAUGCUACGUUCCCUUAUUCUUAUCGUAUUGUUCAUCAAAACGAUCCUGUACCUCACAUACCACCACGCCUUGGACCUGACAGAGUAUUCCAUCACCGCUUUGAAGUAUGGUACGACAAUGACAUGGCUGUAGGCCAACCGUACACCAUUUGCCAAGAGGCCGACGGUGAUUACUGUAGUAAUGUAAUAAAGGAUGAUGCUGUCUUGCAACACUUAUGGUAUUUCGAUAAGUUCCUUCAUGAAUGGGGUGCUGCAGGAUGUCCUUAGAA